CGAGGAAGAGAGAAGAUGAAGAGAGGAGGGCGAGAGGGGGAGAGGAUGGAGGGAGGAAGAUGAGAGAGGGAGAGGGUUGUCCCCGGGCGGUUGUGUUUGACGGCGGAGCGGGUAUCUUGGCAGAGCAGGGCGAGGAGUGGUGGCGGGUCCGACGUCGUGUCCAGAAGCCGAUCACGGACCUUGCCCUCGUCAGCCGCUACCUGCAGGACAUGGACGACGUCGCCAAGGCUUUCGUCAGGAGAAUCAAGAGUUUACGAGAUGAGGAAAACGAGGUGCCGGCGACCUUCGUGAAUGAGAUCUACAAAUGGGCAAUGGAGUCCUUGGCAACAGUGGUCCUCGAACGUCGCUUACACUGCUUCGAGGACGACCAUCGAGGGGCACCUGAGUCACCUCAUCUCAUCCCCUUGGCCAAGCAGUUCCUCGACUCCUUGUACGAGACUGAGAACGUUAAGCUGUGGCAGUAUUUUCCGACGGCUUCUAUAACGAGGUUGAGGGAGGCUCAUGUUGUGUUUAGCGAAGUCGCCCUUCAAGCCAUCGAGGACGCGGAGAGAGCUGUAGCGUCCUGCAGGAGGGGGAAGGAGGAGCCAAGGAGGCUGAGUCUGCUGGAGACACUGCUGGCGACGCCUGGCUUAUCCAGAGGGGAUGUCCUGACUUUCCUGAUCGACUUGCUGGCCACGGGGAUCGAUACGACAUCCCACUCUGUUUCCCACAUGCUGUACUUGUUGGCCAAAAAUCCCGAAGUCCAGGAGCGUGUCAUUCGCGAAGUCGAUGCCGAAGUUGGCAAAGCCGAACACCUCGCGGCCGAACACAUUGCAAGGCUUACGUACACCCGGGCUGUUUUUAGAGAGACUUUGAGAAUUAUGCCAGUUGGUAUUGGUAUCACGAGGAGGCUGAACCGUGACACCGUAUUAGGGGGUUAUCUGGUACCUAAAGGGUGGCAAGUCGUAGCCCCCUCGAUGCUGAUCAACCACAAGGACUCCAUCUUCCCGAGGGCGAGCGAAUUCCUGCCGGAGAGGUUCAUCAGGGGGUCUCCUCUGGCCCCUACGCACAACUACGCCUUCCUCCCUUUCUCCGUGGGCACCAGGAUGUGCAUUGGGAGGCGUAUUGCCCAACAGGAGAUCAUGUGCUUCAUUACAAGGGUUUUUGGCGCAUUCACGGUGGACUACAAACACGAAGAUAUCCACCUCGUCAAUAAACUGAAUUACAGGCCGUCACACCCGCUGAGGUUGACGUUUCAUGACAGAGGUUGAGGUGGUGCG